CUGGCGGCUCCGAGGUCAGGAGGGUGUUAGUUGCGGUGUCUCCUCCAUAUCGUCCUACACCUGUUUCUGCUGCUUAUUUCUGACGCCCUUCCUUAUUCACAACUUGACAACAAUACCAACAACAACAACAACAACAACAACAACAACAACAACAGUAAUACUAGUAUAAUGGCAGUUCCUCCAGCAUACGCAGACCUUGGAAAAUCAGCAAAGGACAUCUUCAAUAAGGGAUAUGGUUUUGGGCUGGUUAAGCUUGAUGUGAAGACAAAGUCUUCAAGUGGAGUGGAAUUCAAAACAUCCGGCUCAUCCAAUGUAGACACCAGCAAGGUCACUGGAGCCCUGGAAACCAAGUACAAGUGGGCUGAAUAUGGGCUGACGUUCACAGAGAAGUGGACCACGGAAAAUACACUUGGAACAGAAAUUUGUGUUGAGGAUCAGAUCACCAAAGGGCUGAAACUUACUUUUGACACUACAUUUUCACCAAAUACUGGCAAGAAGAGUGGCAAGGUCAAGACGGCUUAUAAAAGGGAAUAUGUUAAUGUUGGUGUUGAUGUAGAUUUAGAUUUCGCUGGUCCUACUAUCCAUGGAGCAGCAGUAGCUGGCUAUGAGGGCUGGCUGGCUGGCUACCAGAUGACCUUUGACACAGCCAAAUCCAGGACGACCCAGAGCAACUUCACAGUUGGCUACAAGACUGAGGACUUUCAGCUCAACACAAAUGUAAACAAUGGUUCAGAGUUUGGCGGAUCCAUUUACCAGAAGGUAAAUGACAAACUGGAGACUGCUGUGAAUCUUGCAUGGACAGUAGGCAGCAACAGCACUCGCUUUGGAAUUGCUGCCAAAUACCAGUUAGACUCCAGUGCCUCCAUAUCAGCUAAGGUGAAUAAUGCCAGUUUGGUAGGAAUUGGAUACACCCAGACUCUGCGGCCUGGUAUGAAACUCCUCCUCUCGGCACUGGUGGAUGGGAAGAAUAUCAAUGCUGGUGGUCACAAACUAGGUCUGGGCCUGGAGUUGGAGGCAUGAGGAUCUGCUCUGCCAUUAAGACGACGAAGAAUAUCAGCUGACUCUGACCCUGAGUGUUCCUGUCUGGUCAGCAACAGAUAUUUUAAAGAGAUGAAGCCAAAACAGAAAACAAGCCGAGUUCUCAAGCACUGUUAAGAUGGAAAACUUUCCGGUAGCCUCCUUUCAUUGUGGUUACAAUAGCUAGUCAUGUUUCAGUCACAUGUAUUUAUUUUCAGUUACACCUUCUGCCAAUUUAUUCUCCAUAAUAAAAGAAAAACCCUCGUCUGGGUGUUGAAUGUUGGCAACAGAAACCUGUUAAUUUGCUUAAGUGUGAUAAUGUAGAAUGUAAAUCUGAGCUGUUAUUUUGCACAGUAGAAUACCUACCUUUAUUUAAGCUCUUUCUCCUUUGUUUUAUUUGCACAUUUUAUCCAUAAUUUGGUAGUGAUGUUCUGCCUGUUGGAAGGGUAACUCCAACUAAAUAUGCUUAUCAAGAUUGACUGGUCCUCACUUAUCUUCCUAGAGAAGUUUAAUUGUGCUGUGUGAUGAGUUUUUGAUCUCCACCACCUUAUAUACCUGCUUUUAAGUCGCAAGAAAAUGCUAAAUAGAUUUUUAUUUUCAUCAGUGUGACAUGUGCGAAAGAAUAUCUGAGUGUAUCAUCCAUUUUCCAUCCCAUUAUUGAGGACUGUGACACUAAUCAGGAAGCAGUUUGUGUGUUGUCUACCUUUGCAAUAAAGGCCUGAAAUCAA